AUGGCCUAUAUCAAAUCGAAAGGUUGGGCAAAUUCCCUAAGUGCUGAUGCAUAUACUAUUUGCCCAGGGACGCCGGAUAUCUUUGACGUUCAGGGCCUCAAGAACUACCAGGAAGUGGUCAAAGUCUUCUUCCAAUACGUUUCGCUGCUCAGACAAACGCCACCUCAGGAGUGGAUCUUUGACGAGCAGAAACGGAUGGCUGAUGUAGACUUCAAGUUCAAGUAG